GCCGUGCCCGCUAUAUGAGCCCCGGCAGGCGCUGACUCGGCCCUUUCCGCCUCGCUGCCGGCCGCCCGCCGCCCGCCGCCGCCGCGCAGAGCACUCCGGCCGCUCCUGCCCUUCCCUCCGCCUCGCCCCCGCCGCCAUGAUCAUCUACCGGGACUGCAUCAGCCAGGACGAGAUGUUCUCGGACAUCUACAAGAUCCGCGAGGUGGCGAACGGCCUGUGCCUGGAAGUGGAGGGGAAGAUGGUCACCAGGACAGAGGGUCAAAUUGAUGACUCUCUAAUUGGUGGCAAUGCCUCUGCUGAAGGUCCUGAGGGAGAGGGAACAGAAGCCACGGUCAUAACUGGUGUUGACAUAGUAAUAAACCACCAUCUUCAGGAAACCAGCUUUACAAAAGAGUCGUACAAGAAGUACAUCAAGGACUACAUGAAAGCAAUCAAAGCCAGACUUGAGGAACACAAGCCAGAGAGAGUAAAGCCUUUCAUGACAGGGGCUGCAGAACAAAUCAAACACAUCCUCGCUAACUUCAAAAACUACCAGUUCUUUGUAGGAGAGAACAUGAAUCCAGAUGGCAUGGUGGCUCUGCUGGAUUUCCGUGAGGAUGGUGUGACCCCAUAUAUGAUUUUCUUUAAGGACGGCUUAGAAAUCGAGAAAUGUUAACGAAUCAAACAGUAUGGUUUUGGAUCACCUGUCUUCAUAGCUGGCUGCUGUUUCUUCAUCAGCACAACACCAGGAAUCGGCGAUGUCUAACAACUGGACUGAUGUCAUCUUGAGCUUUAUUCACUUAAUUUUGACCCUGAUUUGGAGUGGAGGCAUUGUUUUAAAAAAAAAGAAAAACAUCUGUCAUGUAGGUUGUCUAAAAUAAAACUCAUUUAAACCCA